AUGGAUUUAGUGCAACAACUUCUUCCACUUGAUCCCUACAAUAUUAGAACAGACAAGGAGGUUGCAGCCAUGGCCGUCCAACUGAACUGUUUUGACUGCGGUGGCAUGGGCAUUGGGAUCUGCCUUUCGCACAAGAUCGCAGAUGGUGCAACAUUGUCUUCGUUCCUUGAUGCUUGGGCAACAAGGUCACGCGGUAUUUCAGAAAACAUCACUCCCUCCCUAAAUUCAGCCACCAUGUUUCCACCUAGGGACAAAGAAAUCUUCAUGCCAACCAAUUUGAUCAAGAGAGAAAAUAUCGUGACAAAGAGGUUUGUGUUUGAUGCAUCCAGCUUAGCCAAGCUGAAAGUCAAAGCAUCCAAGGGUUUGUGCACGGACGACCGUGCUCCUACUCGUGUGGAAGCUCUGACAGCCCUUAUAUGCAAGUCUAGCAUGAAUACGAAGAAUGGUACAUUGGGUAAGGGCAGGCCAUCAAUGGCGAUAUCCCAUGUGGUGAAUUUAAGGGAACGAAUGGCUCCACCUUUGCCAGAGCAUUCUUUUGGUAAUAUCUGGCGGUUUGCUGUUGCAUCCAUAAUGAACGACGAAAGCAACCCAGAGUUGCAUGACUUCAUGGUUCGAUUAAGAAAAGUAAUAAGGAAGAUCGAUGAUGAUUAUGUGAGGAAACUGCAAGGUGAAGAUGGGUUUACACAUGCUUGUGAGCCUCUAAAAGAAACCAGUGAAUUGGUCUCCGAAGGAGAGGUUGAGUUUUUCAGGUUCAGCAGUUGGAUUAGGUUUUCCCUAUACAACACUGAUUUUGGAUGGGGAAAACCCACCUGGGCAUGCAUUCCUAAUGUGCCCAUCAAGAAUGUUGUCAUACUGUUGAGUAGUAGCUCGGGUGACGGAAUAGAGGCAUGGGUGACCUUGGACGAGGAAGACAUGGCUAAAUUUGAACGUGAUCAUGAGCUUCUAGAAUUUGUUUCUGUGGCACCAAGCUCAUAA